AUGUCCGUCACAAAGGCCCACGUUGAAGAGGCCGAAACAGGCGCAGGCGUUGUCGCCCCAGCCAAACAAUCCUUCGGCGCACGAGUCGGCGCGCACUUUAAGCGAUUCUGGUGGGCGCAUCUAAUCUUCUUCGUGAUCUGCGUACUGGUGAUCUCGCUGCCAGUCGUCUACGUCGCCUACCCCAAAAUUGCCCAAGAUGCUGUCAACGACUCAACCCUCAACAUCACACAGAUGGUCAUCAGCGACCCAACUCCGGAUUCAUUCCAGCUGAACCAGACUCAAGUCCUCGGCUCGAAGAGCCCCUACCACCCGCAGAUCUACGAGUUCGAAGCGGUUGUCUCCCUGCUCGGCGCUGCGGCUCCUUUCACGACUGUGCGUGUGCCUGGCGUCAAGUCCGUUGACGGUGUUGAGAUCCACGUUGAACAGAAGGUUGAUCUGAGCGAUGCCGCCGCAUUCGGGGAUUAUGCUACGGCUGUUAUGUUGAAUGAGGAGGUUUCGUUGAAUAUUUACGGGACUCCUGGGUUGAAGCAGGGGGCUUUGCCUAAGACGACGGUUACUUAUAACAAGACUGUUGUUAUGAAGGGAUUGAAUAAACUCGAGGGCUUUGCUGUCCCCGAUUUCCACAUUAUGAUACCCGCCGUGAACGGAUAUAACAUGAACGGAACGGUUUACAUUCCGAACCCAUCUGUCAUGACUAUCUCAAUGGGAAACCUAACCCUCAACCUCGCCGUUAACGGCAAAGCAAUGGGCCAAACCUAUCUCAACGACCUAGUCCUCAAACCAGGAAACAAUACCAUCCCUAUGCUAGCAAACGUCAACCAAGCCGCUAUCCUUACUAUGUUUUCUUCAAGCGAUAACCCAUACAAAGAUGGUAUUGUUCCUUUCCAGAUCACCGGCAAUUCCAGCGUUUAUCACGGGAAGAAUCUGGACUACUUUACCAAGGCUCUCGCGGCGAAUAACUUGACUGUUAACCUGAAUGUUUAUCAGGCGCUUAAGGAGGCCGGUCUUGAUUUGUCGAGCACUUAA